GGGGUUGGUCCAUGGAGCAUAAUGAAGCGUCCCAGUUGCUCAAAUGGGAGUGGGCGAGCUGGGAUAGGCUGGGAGUUUGGUUGGAGCCGUGAGCCGGGACGGGACUAGGCACAAGAAAAACCGACCGAUUAUUAACUCCUGGCUCCUUCCGCAGUUGAAUGUUGGACAGGAAAUUUGACGUUGACGGAAAAUAGCAUUUGUUGCAUUCAGGGGUUCACGGAUCCGAGCGGCGCGGAUGACAAAGAAGCGUCGCCGUGCAAACUUUUCUCAAACGGGUGUGUGAUCGCUCGUUAGAAAAAAAAAAAAAACCCAACCGGGAAUUCUGUUUUUCUUUCUAACGGAGGCGUCAAAGGAAGAAGAAGAAAGAAGGACAUCAUGCCACGGCGCACCGUACAAGAAGUAACAGUGCAAGAUGUCCAGAAGCGGAGAAAUCCGAACAAACACUACGUUUACAUCAUCAAAGUGUCCUGGAGCGAUGGCAGUACAGAAAUCAUUUACAGACGCUACAGCAAGUUCUUCGACCUGCAGGGAAGAUCCUGUUUAGGAGGAGCCAUAUCAGGGAUGUGGCCAUGAAAAGGCUAAGGCCCAUCAACGAGUACUGCAGGGCCCUCAUUCAGCUGCCAGUCUACAUCUCCCAGUGUGAGGAGGUCAGAGUGUUUUUUGAGACUAGACCUGAAGACCUUAACCCACCCAAGGAGGAACCCAUUGGAAAGAAGAAAUCAGGGAUUGUGGAGCGAGCGACUACUUUCCUAAAGCGAGGAGAUUCCACAUCAGCAGACCCUCUCCUCCUCGACCAGUAUGUGGCAGUAACAGACUAUGAGAAGCAGGAGAGCUCUGAGAUCAGCCUGCAUGUGGGUCAGGUGGUGGAGGUCAUUGAGAAAAAUGAGUCUGGGUGGUGGUUUGUGAGCUCAGAAGAUGCCCAGGGCUGGGUCCCUGCCACCUGUCUCGAGGCACAGGAUGACCCUGAUGACUUUACUUUUCCAGGGGAAGAAGAAGAGAAAUAUACUGUGAUUUACCCGUACUCGGCCAGGGACGAAGAUGAGAUUGACCUGGAGAGGGGCAUGAUUGUUGAGGUGAUUCAGAAGAACUUGGAGGGUUGGUGGAAGAUCAGGUAUCAGGGCCGUGAGGGCUGGGCCCCAGCCUCCUACCUGAAGAAGUCUGACAUCCAGAGCCAGAAGCAGUCAGCAGGUGGCGCUGCUCACGCCAGUACCAAUGACCUAGAUGGGGUUUCUAAACAGAACCAGCAAAACAAUGCAACCAGAGACAACCGAGACAACAGCCAUAAAGAAAACCGACUCUCAUUCUUUUCCGAGAACAAAAAAGUGGGAUCAAGACACAGACCUCCCCCACGCAGAGAUCUUACCAUUCCACGUGGUACAAACCUUCCCAAGCCGCCCAUUCCUCCUCAGGUUGAGGAAGAGUUCUACACCAUAGCAGACUUCCAGACCACCAUCCCUGAUGGUAUUAGCUUCCAAGCCGGAGUCAAAGUUGAGGUGAUUGAGAAGAAUGCAAGUGGUUGGUGGUACAUCCAGAUAGAUGACAAAGAAGGCUGGGCCCCCGCCACCUUUAUUGACAAGUACAAAAAGACCAGUAAUGCCCUGAGACCUAAUUUCCUUGCCCCUCUGCCCAAUGAGAUGGAGAAGCUGAGACUGGAAGAUAGUGGUUCUUCAAAUGUUUCAGGCACAGAUGACAGCUGGUCCAAGCCUUUACCAGAUGAGCCAACCACAGUCCCCGAGUCCUUUGCCCGGCCUAAGCUCAGAGAUUGGAAGUCCGGUGCCAGCAAGGGGGCCCCUGGGCUUUUACCUCCAGCUCCAGCUGCCCCUCCAGUCGAGGAAAAACCAGCUCUGCCGCCUCGAAGGGAGUCCAUUAAUAAGAGCUUUGAAUUGGAGAUAGCAGAAAAACCGAGAUCUGAUCAUUCCAAACCUCUGCCCCCAAAACCCCCAGCUCCUGGGGUCAUCGUGCCGCUGGUUACACCCAAAGCAGCCCCCUUCAAACAAGACAAACCACCAGAGACCAAGAAAGAAGAUAAGAAUAAACCUCUUCACCUUCGGAAUGAGAUGGGUCUUGAAUGUGGCCACAAGAUAUCAGCCAAAGAGGUGAAAAAGUUUAACCUGAAACCCGUACCUAAACAGCCACCAAAACCCAAAUCAGAAGCGCAGGAGGAGAAACCAGAAGCAGCUGGCCCAGCCGUGUUCAUGAAGCCAAAGCCAGUGAUCCGACCUAAACCUGUUCCAGCUGCCAAGCCAGAUCCUCCGGCAGAAAACAAACUUGACAUCACCAACUUGAGAAGCAAGCUGAGGCCGCCAAAACCUGCAGAUCUCGGCUCUGCGUCUGAAACCUCAGCAUCAGUAAAUAGUUCUCAACCCAGUCCACCCCCUAGCUCUCCCCCCAUCCAUAUCCCUACUCUCAAUAAUGGUAAGCACUGUGACGAGCCAAAACUCCCCCCAAAACACAUCAAUGGUCAUAGCCAGGAGAGUUCAUCACCCCCUGGAAAACCAGCAGUGCCUCCCCACAAGGAACCUCCCCAGAGACCCCCCGGCUUGGCUCCAAGGAGACCUCCUCCUCCAAAGAAGGAGAGUCCAUCCAGCCCGACUGAGCUCAAACCUCCACCUGCCCAGGACAUGCCCAAGGCGGCACCACUCAGCAGACCCCCUCCCCCUAAACCCAAAGGGUUUGUUCUGGCACCUCCAAACAAAGAGAAAGAAGAUCCCAAAGUUAAUAAAGUCCCGAUUCCUCCCAAGCCCCUGGUGAAGAGUGAGAAGCCCGGCCCGCCCAAGGACAAGCUUCCACCUUUACUCAAGGAGCCCAGUAAGGAUGAGCUGUAUCUAGCAGUGGCAGACUUUGAAGGGGAUGAAAACACAUCCGGCUUCAAGGUGGGUACAGUGUUUGAGGUGCUGGAAAAAAACGGCAGCGGCUGGUGGUUCUGUAAAAAUGUAAGAGAAGAAGUCGAGGGCUGGAUCCCCUCGAAUUACCUGAGCAAGAAACCUUAGUGUGAAUGUGCUCCCAAAACCAUUGCCAUAUGAAUAAAUAAACUAAGGAUUUAAAUUAACUAAAUAUCACUACUUUGUAGCUUAUUAGCAUUUUUUUUAUUUAUAGGUACCUUUUUUUUAUUGAAUUUUUGUUACUUUUCAUUUUGAUAAGAAUAUUCUACCUAAACUGAACCAGCAAUAACACAUGACCUUGUUGGGUCUUGUGAUGUUUACUUUUGUUGUUUUUAUCUAUUAUUACAUGAACUCUUAGGUAAAAAAAAAGGUUAAAUGCUAGUAACAGCAGUAAAUGUAUCUCCACCCAUGCCUUCUAUGAUAUGGUGCCUCUAUAUUAUAUGCAAAGUGCUUCAGUGCUUAAUAUACUGUAUGCAACUGUAGACAUAGUCCUUGUGGGAAUCGUAAAAAGCCUUCUGACUAAAAAUCAAACAUCUACAUCACAAGAGAAUACACUAGAUGGUCAAGUCCAGCCAGUCUUUCCCCAGCCGUAGACAAAAAAAAAAAAAUCCUAAAUCCCUUAGACAAAGACUGCACAUGAACUCACUGGGGGAGUUCUAUGACUAUAUCUAGGCUUUUAAGUGCUAUUAGCAAUUACUAAAAGAGAUGUCUUUGCCAAGUAGAAGUGCUGUUUGUUAUACUAGAAACAUGCAUAUUUGUUUUUGUGCUAUUGUAAUGCUUUCUUUGUUGACUGCAUAAUUAAUGUUGCAGUGACUUGUAACAGAUGUGCACUUUUUUCAGUCAUUUCAGAUGAGGUAGGUUUGAGGUUUGCACACGCUGAAGGAAGGGGAAGAAUGCCACAGAGCAUUUUAUUUCUUAGUUUUAUUAGUCAUUUUUUAUUAGCUAUGUUUUUUUUAUACUCACUGUAACAAAUAUCCAAGAUUGUCAAGAUGAGGCUAACAUCCAAACUGAAACUUAAAAAGAAACUUUGUCAAAGUAUUUCAGCUUAAUCAUGUUAUCUCACACCCAAAUAGGAAUUGUGAAAUGUGACUUGCAGAGCUUGUCUGCAUAUCUGUACCAGAUGUCUGACCUAAGAAAUACGAAAUUGGAGCUCUGCAGUGAUUUGUGCAAUGAUUUACAGUAUUGUAAGUGUACAGUCUGUUCUUAACCGAAGUUUGGUGCUCAAAUAACAGCAAAAUAUGACCAUUGUAUAAAAAUGUUUUACAUUAAUGCUUGACUGGUCUCAAGCAUGGUCAGUAUAGCAAAUUAUUUUUUAUUGUACAGAAAUGAGAGACAUAUCUUAGCUGUUGUCACUUUUCUUUGAUGGUCCAUCUGUUAGGUCUUUAACUCUGUACUGGUGAAGAGAUUUAAAGAAGAAAGAGACGAGAAGGAACUGGCUUGGUUGAUUUAUGGGAUUUGCCAAUUAGAGGAAAUACAGAGUUGUUUUUUUUGUUUUUCUGUCGAUAGAUAGGUGAAAAAUAAGUCACUUAAUAAAAGUAUGUGAAACAAGUGGCUGCUAAUUUCACAAAAAGCAGAAAAGUGUUAGGUUUACUAAAUAAAUAAGCCAAGUUGGAAAAUAAAAUUGUAUGUUCAUGGUUCUUCACAGACAAGGCUUCAAGCUGCAACAGAUUCUGUUCUGCUUCUAGUUGCUAGAAUGUAAUUCCACCUUCCACCCAUGUUUUAUAAAUAAAGGACAGUAAAUUACCAACUAGGAAAAAAAAAAUCAUGUUUUAAAUGCAAACAAUUUUAUUGUCCAGGUAUACGUUAUGUGGACAGAAGGCAGGAAGGUACAGUACAGCGCAAGGCAAGUGGGUUGAUGGUGUCAUCAUUUCAGUAUUGUAAUCGUAUUUACUUUUUUUGACAUGUAUUUUUCAUUACAUUGUGUCUUCUUUUACUUAAGUCAAUAAAAUUUUUUGAUUUUUCA